AAGUCUAUUGCCUGGCUUGGAACUACUGCUCGAGGAGCUAGCAAACAAGCUCUGCCACAUGGGUUUUGGAAAGAGUGAGACAUAAUUUGUUAUGAUAACAAUUUAUCGAUCGUCUUGUGAUAUUCAAAACUUUUGUGGGAUUCAUUCUACUUUCUACCGCCCCAAACGCAGACCUCACACAGACCGUGAACGCGAUGGCCACACAAGACCGUAAAAACGCUGUAACGUUACUCUGACCAUGACUUCAAAGUUUUAUUUUGGACAGACCAUCUUCGCCAAGUGGCGUCAUCAGCAAGAUGUUUUCCGAGCUGGAUAGCAUCCUUAAUAUCAGUCCGGAGAAUUUCCCGCAGACGGAGUUUACUCUUGUAUCUGACAGAAAAGCGGAUGCAUCGUUUCUCAUUCACUACUUCCUUUCUUUCUAUUUGCGAGCGGGCUGUAAGGUGUGUUUCCUUGGGCUUGUGCAGUCCUUCAGUCACUAUAGUGCUGUCAGCCAGAGAUUGGGUGUCAGUCUUAUCCAAGCCAGGGAGAAAGGGCAGCUGGUGUUCCUGGAGGGGCUAAAGGGUGCUUUGGCAGUUCUACUAGAGGAGAAGCCCAACCCUUCAGCACAAACACUGGGCUUCCUCAGGUCUCCACAUACUGGCUUGCGGGGACUGUAUGAGUUUGUACAAGAAUCUUUAAUGACAAAGGGUGAAGAGGGAAAAUGGGGCCCACCUGUGCUGAUUGUAGAUGACCUGACAGUGUUCCUGAGUCUUGGUGUAAGAGUGGGAGCGGUACUGGACUUCACACACUAUUGCAGAGCUUUUGUGUGCUCCAAGCUGCAGGGCAAUGUGGUGAUGCUAAUUAGAGGUGAGGAGGAGGAAGGUGAUGAGGAAGGCUCGGAAUUACUGUUGAAGGGCCUCACUCACCAGUGCAGCCUGGCGCUGCGAGUGGAAGGGCUCCCUACUGGCUACUGCAGAGAUAUCCAUGGGCAGAUGGAGGUGUUCCGGCGGGUCAGUGGAAGUUGUGUUGGAGGGCUGAAGACUCACAAGAACCUCUUCCAGUUCAAGGUCCAUGACAAGGGCGCAUCCUUCUUUGCCCGGGGCACCUCCAGUGCUGUGCUCUGAUUCCCCAACCACAAUGGUCCUCCUCCAGAGACCCAACAGCCUGGCUAUGACCAGUGCUGGAGGGUAACAGGGACAUGUGCUUCCCUGGACACACACACGCACGCACACACAAGAUGGCCUUGGAUGCUCUGAGAAGAAUGCCAGUCCAGUGGCAACAAGUAUCUGAUAAAAGAUACUUUGCCUUCACAAACGUGGAAUUAUAUUGUCAAGAGUUCAUUGCCAGGAGGGCUGACUUAUUUGUGACAGCUCACUUGUGAUAUGUUUGCAUAUGUAUGCACAUUGGCAGAUUUAAUUUUUUUAAAUGUAAUUCAAACUGGUAAAUGUUUUAUGGAGUAAGGAUACCAUGCAGGUGAAGGCAUUACAGAAGCAUAAUCAGCAUAGUGAAAGUACACUUAAUGUGGUAUAUAAUGCAGUAUUUAGGCAGAAAACUCCCUCUUUAUAUUGUAUGAAGCUCUUGGAAAUGGAGGACUGCAAUACAGCAGAUACUCAAACACAAACAUCCACCUCUCAGGUUACAAACGAAAAAAAGCAGCAGUCUAAGGUACAUAAUAAAUGCCAGGACCAGUGGACUCUUUAUUGUAUCUGCUUUAAUAAAUGUGUUUUGCUAAACA